UCAUCUGCGCUCUUCCAAACUUACGGGAACUGCAAGAGUCUGGAAUGAGGGGCGUGUUCACAAAAACACAUUAAUAGCGGUCUUAAAAGUUUGUCAAGAUUACUACGUUUGGUGAGUCGCGACUAUAAACGUUAGUUUUCUCUUUCCAGCGCACAACGACAACAUAUAUUUUACAGAACUGAGAUCCAAACAUGGCACAAAAUAAAGCUGGGUACACUCGAUUUGAAAACCCACCACAUGCCACUACCAUGGGUCAGCCUGCCCCUCCAGGGUUUAUGAUGCCCCCUUCUUAUGAAGCUGGUAUGGCUUAUGGAGGAAUGGGAGCUGGCACACCUGUCGGUGUACCUAUUGGCAACCCAUAUCCACCACCAACCGCUGUUGGGAAUCCCAUGUAUGGGCAGGGGGUGCCUGGAUAUCCACAAACACCAUAUCCUCGAGCAGUUCCUUAUAUUCCCAGUCCUUAUAAACAACCUGCUUCAUAUGGGCCAGUGAGCGUGUCAGUGCAAAGCGAGCCGCCUCCAAAAUAUGAAAAUGAGAAGUUUACCAUCUCUGGGCUUGAUGACAAAACCAUCAGAAGGGUUUUUAUUCGAAAGGUUUUCACAGUGUUGAGUCUGCAGCUGGCAUUGACGUGCGGCUUUGUGGCUCUCUUUACAUUUGAGCCACACACCAAACUGUUUGUACAGAAGAAUGCUUGGACUUACUGGAUCGGCUAUCUGGUUUUCCUCGUGCCAUACAUCACCAUCAUAUGCUGUGGAGAGUUUCGCCGAAAGCAUCCAUGGAACCUUAUUGCCUUGACGAUUCUGACUCUGGCCAUCUCAUACAUGGUUGGUGUGAUCUCUAGCUUCUAUGAUACAGAUGCAGUGAUGAUGGCUGUCGGCAUUACGGUGUUGGUUUGCUUUACGGUGGUGAUAUUCUCUCUGCAGACCAAAUAUGACUUCACAUCCUGUUAUGGAGUGCUGUUUGUGUGCACCAUUGUACUCUUAGUCUUCGGAAUCCUGUGCAUCUUCAUGUACAACAGGAUUCUGAUCCUCAUCUAUGCUUCGCUGGGUGCACUGGUUUUCACUUGUUUCUUGGCUGUGGACACACAACUGCUUCUAGGGAACAAGAAGCUCUCUCUGAGUCCGGAGGAAUACGUCUUUGCUGCACUCAAUCUAUAUAUGGACAUCAUCCACAUCUUUUUAUACAUUUUGCAACUCUUCGGCAGAAGCCGCAACUGAAAUUCCAUCUUCGAAGAUCACUGUAUGACCAAAAUGCAUGCCCUAAAGUAACGUAGUAACGUACUUAAGUGUUAAACCCAAAAAUAAAAAUUCUGUCAUUAUUUUUUAUAUAUAUAUAUAUAUAUAUAUAUAUACCCUAUGUAAGGAUAUUUCUCUAUUCUUGUACUCGCUUAUAUCCUCUCUUAAAAUAUAUCUGCAUGUUUUAUUAUUUUUGAUCAUUUGUUGAUCAUGAAAAACGUAUUGAUCUAUAUUUUUUCUCUCCAUUUGUAGUUUAUGUAAGUGAUUAUUGGUCUAUAUAACCAGCUACAUAUGUAUUUUAUUGAUACAUUUUAAACAAUAUGCUUUUAAGAAGGGAAUAAAAGUUUUUGACUAAG